AUGUUUUCAUCCUCACUCUGGCCCCUUUGGGGCAUGGUUGUACCGGUGCUUGUCUACGUUAUCAUUCGAAUCUUCCUCCGCCGAGACGAUCGCUACAGGCUACCUCCUGGGCCACCAGGACUCCCUCUAGUGGGAAAUAUCCGAGAUCUGCCCCCCGCUGGGGUGCCGGAAUUCGUACACUGGAUUAAGCACAAGGAUCAAUAUGGGCCGAUUAGCUCUGUGACCAUCAUGGGGAUGACGCUCAUAAUAGUUAAUGAUAAAGACAUGGCCCACGAGAUGCUGGACAAAAUAGCUGGCAAGACUUCAGGUCGGCCAGAUUCUAUCUUUGCAAACAAAAUGUGCGGCUAUGAAUCUAUCAUCCUUUGCAAGGGUUACAACAAAACUUUCAGACUCUACCGCAAGCUUUUACACCAGGAAUUGGGUACAAUGACUUCAGCUGCCCAAUUCCGCAGUAUCCAGGAACUGGAGAUGAAGCGACAACUUAUAAGGACAUUGAGAGCACCUGACAAAUUGUUGGACCACUAUAGAACGUCCGCCGGUGCUACCAUCUUGAAGAUGGCAUAUGGCUAUACACUUGAGCCACACAAGCCUGAUUAUCUGGUAGAAUUAGCUGACCGCGUGCUGAGUGAUUUCUCCCAAGCCGCGGUACCAAUGUCCUGGCUCGUUGAUAUUCUACCCUCUCUGCGGUAUCUACCCGAGGGUACACCUGGUGCAAAAUUUAUUACCACAGCUCGUAUAAUGAGGAAAAGGGUUGAGACUGCCGCAGAGCUGCCAUUUCGCUUUGUCCAGCGUCAAAUGACAGCCAAGAGCCACCAACCCUCCUACGUUUCAAAACUGAUAGAGUAUUUUACUUUAUCUGAUGGAGAUUCGGGAAACCUGGAUCCCCUUGAUGAGGAUGCAAUCAUGUGGACGGCUAUGGCUUUGUAUGGCGCCGCCUCCGACACGACCGUGAUAACACUCACCGCAUUUACAGCCGCCAUGAUCCUCUACCCGGAUGUGCAGCGGAAAGCUCAAGAUGAGAUCGACCGAGUGGUGGGCUUCGGUAAACUGCCGAAAUUUGAGGAUCGCGAUAAACUUCCAUACGUUAACGCAUUGAUCAAAGAAGCCGCCAGGUGGUGGCCCAUCACCCCGAUGGGGUUUCCGCAUGUUGUGGACAGUGAUUUCGACUACAAUGGCUUCCGAAUCCCCAAAGGGGCAACCAUACUCCCAUCUGUCUAUUGGUUUCUGCAUGAUCCUGAGGUGUAUCAUGAGCCAGAGACUUUUGAACCCGAACGUUUUCUGGCUCCACGAAACGAACCCGACCCCACGUCUGAUGUGUUUGGCUACGGGCGGAGGAUCUGUCCCGGGAGGUUUUUCGCAGAUUCCAACUUGUACAUCAACAUUGUGCAGUCUCUGUCCAUGUUCGAUUUUAGACAUGCUGUGGGUGACGACGGAAAGGAAGUCAGCAUCAGUUUGGAACCCCAGCCCGGGAUCUUAACGCAUCCGAACAGGUUCCAGUGCUUGACAACUCCUCGGAGUCGCCAGCAUAUCGACUUGGUCAAUCAACUGGAGGUGGACACUCCGUGGGAGCCAAGUGAUGCCGAGCAUCUUCAGAGUGCUGCCAUACAAUGA